AUGGCCGUUCUGCUCCAGGUCGCGCGUGUCAGUUUAUUGCUGCUCAAUCUCUACUUGUGGAACUUCAACGGCAGCGCCGUGGCCUAUGUUGGCUUUGUAGCCUUCUUGACAUUGCGCAAGGUCUUCUGGCGCGCCAUCAAGCCCGACCUCAAGGCCAUUAUGGCUGGCCAGCUCACAACUAGCGUAGCCUGUCGAACAGGCAUCUUCUUGUUUGUGCUGGGACAAUUCUUCUUCCGCUGCAUUUACGUCCUCGCCUCGACUCUCGAGUGGCGAUCCGUCAUGCUCCUCGUUUAUCCGUUGCUGCUGCGCCUAUCGGCACACUACAUGAUCUCAUCGCCCCGCGAAGACCCCGCGCUACUCAGGGAAUUGCUGCGUGCUUCAAACUACAAGUUUGGGCCAGUCGUCAACAUUGUGGCCAAGUUGCUACGCAUUGCUUUGUUCGACUUUCUCGAAGCUAGCUAUUACUGUGCCUUCGUACCCGUUCUGCUGGUCUCGGCGGAGCGGUAUCUGGUGGAUUGGGUGCAGAGCCUGGUGCUCUGCGUGCUGUGCUCGUUGGAAGCGGGGACAAUGGCAGUUUUGGAGCUGUAUCACGUGCAUGGCUAUAGUCUAUACUUGCACUCGCGACGACUCGGGGCAUGGCGGAAGGUGGCGGCCACCGGGGCUGAGACGUGGCAGACGGGCAAAGCGUUUUCUCGGGGAGCGAUCGUGCGUCAUCGCAAACGCUGUUACAAGGCCUUGGACCGCAGCAAUAUUGCGGACCCCAGUGAUACCAUGGCCUAUUACUUUUGGCAAAUGUUUCGAAGACCUGAUUGGAGCCUCAGCGUUAUGGAGAUUCAGCAAAUGCUCAGCAUCUUGGUGCAAAUUGUGCCGCUGAUUCUCUGCCAGCACUGGCUCUUGAUCUCCAUUUGGGGCGUCUCUUUGCUCACAAGCUUCAUGGUGUUGGGGUACUCUGUCAUCCUACGGCGCCAGGCAUGCCGUUACCGCUCUCGUGAUGAGCAGAGCUGGCAACACACCCGGCGCAAGGGUCAGCCUAAUCGUUCUUGA